CCUGGCGGCGGGCGCGGGGCAGGGAGGGGGCGCCGCCGCCGCCAUGGCGGAGCUCGGCGCCCACCUCACGGCCGCCUCGGCCGGCCAUCACCGGCCCUCCAUCUUCGAGGCGGUGGCCCAGGACAGCCUGAUGGCCGCCGUGAAACCCGCCCUACAGCACCUGGUCAAGGUGCUUGUGGAGUCUAAUCCUGGCCGAUACGGCUUCCUUUGGCACUGGUUUGAUGAGAUCUACGUCCUUCUGGAUUUGCUGCUCCAGCAGCACUAUCUGGCCAGGUGCAGCGCCUCCUUUUCUGAAAACUUUUAUAGUUUAAAGAGGAUAGCAAUAGGAGAUAGCAGACAGCAACCUCUGGCCACUGCUGGCCUGCCAAAGAAGCAGCACUGGAAGUCUCUCCUUUUGCUCGUUCUUGUUCCUUACCUGAAAGGAAAGCUAGAGAAACUGGUGUCCAGCCUGAGGGAAGAGGAUGAGUACUCCAUCCACCCUCCAUCGUCAUCCUGGAAGCGCUUUUACAGAGCCUUUCUAGCUGCCUACCCCUUUGUAAACAUGACCUGGGAGGGCUGGUUUCUUAUCCAGCAACUGUUCUAUAUCCUUGGGAAAGCUCAACAUCAUUCACCCAUGCUGCGGCUGGCUGGCGUUCACCUGGUCAGACUGACUGCAGAGGAUAUCCAGGCGCUGGAGAAGAAAUUGGCUGGAGCCACCUCAAGUCAAACACCCAGCAUUAAAACACAAGUGCAGUCAGCAGUGAGGAAACUGUUGGGUGGCAUUGCCUUCUCCCUGUCCUCCGGGCUGUCAGUCAGUGUGUUCUUCCUCCAGUUCCUGGACUGGUGGUACUCCUCAGAAAACCAAGAGACUAUCAAAUCUCUGACAGCGCUCCCAACUCCUCCACCCCCCAUGCAUCUCGACCACGGGACCAGCUCAGCUCUCUUACCAAAACUGAAGACCGUGUGCCCUCUGUGCCGCAAAAUUCGUGUCAAUGCCACGGCCCUGUCCACAUCUGGCUUUGUGUUUUGCUACCGCUGCGCGUACAGUUAUGUGAAGACUCACCAGCGCUGCCCGAUCACAGGCUACGCCACAGAGCUGCAGCACCUUGUCAAACUGUACUCUCCCGAGAGCUGAAGGGCCUGCCCUGUGCUUUCAGAGACGUCUCUGAGGCUAGCAGUUGGGUAGCAGUGAGCCUAAAUUCACCAUUUCUUAUGUCCCAUAGAAGGCUUUCAACCGCUACAGCUCAUCAGUGAGCUCUAAAGCUCCUUUGAAUUUGGUGGCACAUCAGAGUUUUGAUGCCUUUUCUAAUUCUGGUAAGGCUGUCCCCUUUGUUUAUUAGCUGUUCAAACAUCCUGUGACAGUUUCGGAGGGAUUGGACAGCUACAGUCUGUCAGCUGGCACAGAAAUGCCUUCAAAGGCCAACCAAAAGGGGAGAAACAUUGAUUUGGAUAAGAAGAAUGCAGAUGUGAGGAUCAAAGAGCAUCACUGGUAGAAGUCCUGCACGAGAGCAUGAGCCAGCAAAUUAAAGAGGUAGGGAAAAUUCUCUGGGUGAGUUACUCCUCCCUGAGCAGCUUCCCAGGCACCUGCGCUGUCCAGGGCAAGCUCUGGCACUAGUGCUUGUCAAAGAGGUAGAGACAGGCUUAAACCACUCCUCUGGUCAUGCUAUUCUUCAGAGUCUCCCUGUGUUUUCAGGCUACUCACCUCUGAAUUGAGAACAUCACACCUCUAAUUCCCUUCAACAGUUCUAAAUUAAGACUUUUGACUGUUUAAAGGAACAAGAGGUGAUGUGUACAAACAAGGAUACAAGGGGGAGAUUAUAUUUUCUGCGCAAGGGAGAAAAAGGACAAACCAGAUUAAAGCAGAAACUGCCAACUGA